AUGGAUAACAUGUCUUAUCCUGUGAUACUGACUCUCAUGGUGCCCAAAGACUCUAAAUCAUACAGGCAUAUAUACUUCACUUGUUUUCUUAUCCUUUAUCUGCUUAUAUUGUCAAUUAAUAUACGUCUUGUUAUGAUCAUUAUCAUGACGAAAACACUUCAUGAACCGAUGUACAUAUUCUUGUCUUAUCUGUGUGUAAAUGGGCUUUAUGGAGCCACAGGAUUCUACCCUAAAAUUCUGUCUGAUUUAAUAUUGGAUUCAUAUGUGAUCUCCUCUCUCAUGUGUGCUCUGCAGAUCUUUGUUAUUUACAGCUCUUUACUGAGUGAGAUUACAAUAUUAACAGUGAUGUCUUAUGAUAGAUAUGUAGCCAUAUGCAAACCUUUAGACUAUCAUUCCAAAAUAACUAAAUUCACCUGUGUGAAAUUAAUUCUGUUUUCAUGGAUUCUUCCCAACGGCGUCUCAGCUACAGCAAUCCUGUUAUCAUACUUGAGGCCAUUUUGUAAAUAUCACAUCGACAAAUUAUAUUGUGACAACUGGUCAGUUGUAAAACUGUCUUGUACAUCAUCUGUUGUGAAUAAUAUCUAUGGAUAUAUUUUUGGUGUUGUAUUCGUUAGCUGUGCAGUUAUUGUCAUAGUGUCCUAUGUUAAACUGAUCUCUGCAUGUAAAGCAUCUUUAGAAAACAGAAGGAAAUUCUGGCAAACGUGUCUGCCACACAUGUUAUCACUGAUAAAUUUCUCUUUUGCUUUGCUUUUUGAUAUAACGUAUAGCAGAUAUGGUUCAAAUGACAUUCCAGAGAGUCUGCGUCAUUUUCUGGCCUUAGAGUUAGUUAUAGUCCCUCCUGUUUUUAAUCCUGUAAUGUAUGGGUUAAAUAUUAGGACAGUGCGCAGAGUUUUUUUCUCAUGUAUUUCAGCAAGAGUGAAUGUUUCAGAAGCUAAAAAGGCUUAA